CUUAGGGACAGGAUGAUGGUCAGCAACACCAAAAAGGAGGGUGACCUGCUGGCCGCCCAGGCCCGGCUCAAGGACUUGGAAGCUCUUCUCAACUCCAAGGAGGCUGCGCUGAGCACAGCCCUCAGUGAGAAGCGUACGCUAGAGGGCGAGCUGCACGACCUGCGGGGGCAGGUGGCCAAGCUGGAGGCCGCCCUGGGCGAGGCCAAGAAGCAACUUCAGGAUGAGAUGCUGCGGCGGGUGGAUGCUGAGAACAGGCUGCAGACCCUGAAGGAGGAGCUGGAUUUCCAGAAGAACAUCUACAGUGAGGAGCUGCGUGAGACCAAGCGCCGCCACGAGACCCGGCUGGUGGAGAUCGAUAACGGCAAGCAGCGCGAGUUUGAGAGCCGCCUGGCCGAUGCCCUGCAGGAGCUGCGGGCCCAGCAUGAGGACCAGGUGGAGCAGUACAAGAAGGAGCUGGAGAAGACCUACUCUGCCAAGCUGGAUAACGCCAGGCAGUCCGCGGAGAGGAACAGCAACCUGGUGGGGGCUGCGCACGAGGAGCUGCAGCAGUCCCGCAUCCGCAUCGACAGCCUGUCGGCCCAGCUGAGCCAGCUGCAGAAGCAGCUGGCAGCCAAGGAGGCGAAGCUUCGGGACCUGGAGGACUCGCUGGCCCGGGAGCGCGACACCAGCCGCCGGCUGCUGGCUGACAAGGAGCGGGAGAUGGCGGAGAUGCGCGCCAGGAUGCAGCAGCAGCUGGACGAGUACCAGGAGCUGCUGGACAUCAAGCUGGCCCUGGACAUGGAGAUCCAUGCCUACCGCAAGCUCCUGGAGGGCGAGGAGGAGAGGCUCCGCCUGUCCCCCAGCCCCACGUCCCAGCGCAGCCGCGGCCGCACCUCCUCCCACUCGUCCCAGACACAUGGCGCAGGGGGCAGCAUCACCAAGAAGCGCAAGCUGGAGUCCACGGAGAGCCGUAGCAGCUUCUCGCAGCACGCGCGCACCAGCGGGCGCGUGGCUGUGGAGGAAGUGGACGAGGAGGGCAAGUUUGUGCGGCUGCGCAACAAGUCCAACGAGGACCAGUCCAUGGGCAACUGGCAGAUCAAGCGCCAGAACGGAGAGGACCCCUUGCUGACCUACCGCUUCCCACCGAAGUUCACGCUGAAGGCUGGGCAGGUCGUGACGAUCUGGGCUUCAGGAGCCGGGGCCACGCACAGCCCGCCUACCGACCUGGUGUGGAAGGCGCAGAGCACCUGGGGCUGUGGCAACAGCCUGCGCACGGCUCUCAUCAGCUCCACCGGCGAGGAGGUGGCCAUGCGCAAGCUGGUGCGCUCGGUGACCGUGGUGGAGGACGACGAGGACGAGGACGGAGAGGACCUGCUGCAUCACCACCAUGUGAGUGGCAGCCGCCGCUGAGCAGCCCGCGGGGGGCCCGCCAGGCCCGGGCAGCCUCUCUCCCCGCCUCCCACGCCAAAGUCUUUUCAUUAAAGAAUGUUUUGGAACUUCACUUGCUGCCUGGCCUUUCUUCUCUCUCCUCCCCUACCUGGACCGGGGAGCCCAGGUGUCUGGGCGCCCUCCUCUGGUAAGGACGGGAGUCGUGGAGAAUUCCCCCGGGAGCAGGGGACAAGGGUCUGGAUUUGUCUCCUGGCAGGGGCCGGAGGACAGAGGUGGACGCUCCAGCCCUGCAUCUUCCCCCUCUGAGGCUGCAUGCAUGCAUCUCUUUUCCUGUCCCCUGGUCUUACAGCACGCUUGUCCUUUUACCACCCUCUUCUGCAAGAAUGUUUUCUCGCGUUCCUGCCCCUCCCAGAUUACUUUUGCAUGUCCCCACCCCUUUUCCUCUAAAGCUCGGAGUCAGAGCCACCUCUCUCCUGUCUUCCUGACCCUUCUCCCCUUCGCUUCUUCCUCCCAGCCCCUCCGGCCCUCUGGCUGCCGGGCGCAAAGCCCCCCUUCCCGCCAGCCGCAGCCCGCCGGAGCCUGA